AUGGCGAAAGAUGGCGGUGAUUGGCCCAUCGCCCGCAGAGCCCGGCGACAUCUUGGGACGCCAAGAAGUCGGAGUUUGCCGAUAAGUCUGGCGUGUCUCAUUCGUAGUCCGGCGGAGUACGACUCUCCCUCCGUCGAUGUUCUCGCAGGGCGCAAAGGGGGCGCGCGCAUGGUCGGCUCAUUGUGUGCAAUUUCCCCCGCUCAUGCGACAGACGAUCAGCAGCAGACGGUUGCAACGUCGGGCUUCCCCGCGCCGUGGUUGACUCGAUGCAUGAUUCUGUAUGGAGCGCAUACAUCCAUUGAGAGACAGACUCUCGAGACAUUCCUAAUUGGGGGUGGAGUUCAUAGCCGACCGGCUCAAGCCGCCCAGAAUAGGUCAGAGGCGGAGUUGCCUGGACUGAUCAUCCGGGCUAUCGUAUGGAGUAGUGGCCAUCAGGCAAUCUCUGGGGUUGGAUUUCUAAUGCACUUCCCAGAGUACUUCAACUCUCUGCUGUUAAGAGGGAGGAAAAAAGCAGGCAGCAGGCAGCAGAGCGCGGAAGGAGCGAGCCCCGUUCAGGUUAAGUAUCUUAAACCCCUCCUAAGUCCGACUUCGCCCUCCCAACAACCGCUGAUUCGUCAUCCGCUGGCUUUGACCUUUUCCGCCCAUAUUGACCGAUGGACAGCCAACGAUAUCUCCGAACCUGCUGUGAUUGCCCUUGCAGUGUCUUCUUAUCUGGCCAAUACCAGGCACUAG